AGGAUAGGCUGUUUGGUAGGAGACAGGGUACAGUAGAUAACAGGAUAGGCUGUUUGGUAGGAGACAGGACAGUAGAUAACAGUAUAGGCUGUUUGGUAGGAGACAGGACAGUAGAUAACAGUAUAGGCUGUUUGAUAGGAGACAGGGGCAGGGUACAGUAGAUAACAGUAUAGGCUGUUUGGUAGGAGACAGGACAGUAGAUAACAGUAUAGGCUGUUUGGUAGGAGACAGGACAGUAGAUAACAGUAUAGGCUGUUUGGUAGGAGACAGGACAGUAGAUAACAGGAUAGGCUGUUUGGUAGGAGACAGGACAGUAGAUAACAGGAUAGGCUGUUUGGUAGGUUGGGCGGGUCCGGCUACUGACUCUGUUCACCCUCCUGUGAUACUGAGUAGAAGAAAAGUAGCAGACUCCUUUUGGACCAGCAGAUCAGUAAGACUCUCCCUUACAGCAGAUCUGGAGGAUGGCCAACGUCCAGGUGCCUGUUGGUAUGUCCUACUGUACUUUGGUGGCCAUCGGUGCAUUUGGGGACAGUCCUGUCCAGAUGACCUGUCCUACCUGUCACCAGACCGUGGUCACUAAGGUUGACUUCUCCUCUGGUGUCCUCACCUACCUCUUCUGUGGGGGACUCUUCUUCUGUGGGUUUGUUCUGGGUUGCUGUCUCAUCCCGUUCUGUUUCGACAGGCUCAAAGACGCCAAGCACAUGUGUCCCUCCUGCAAGACCAUCCUGGGGGUUUAUAAGCGCUUAUAAACCCAUAAUAACCAGCAGGAGACUCCCGUGUCUUUUGGGAAGCUAGCUACAACAUUGUGUCUUGUCUUCUGAGACAAGUUGCUCUUCCAACACAGUCUGUUGUUUCUCUCAGCUUCCACCCAGUAGAACUGCACAGCAGACUACCACAGUGAUUGCAAGACCAAUUAGAUUUAACUCAAUAGAACAAUUUAACUGUCACAGAAUGUUGUCAUUGACAGUGUUCCGUCCCAUCCUGCCCUGUCCCUUGCUAUCCAGUUAACGGUUGCCUUGGCAACGGCAAAAAUGUACGACUUAACUUAGAUUUAACUCAAUAUAACAAUUUAAUUGUCAGUGACAGUGUUCCGUCCCAUCCCGCCCUGUCCCUUGUUAUGCAGUUCACCGCUGCCUUGGCAACGGUAAAAUAUGUGUGCCAUAGAAAUAGACAACGUAGAAUGUGAGUAUUCAUGGUUUGAUGGUUGUUGUAUGAUCUGUAAGUUAUAUUACUAUAAUUGUCUCAAUGCAGCACUGUGAGUCUUUCUGAUUGAGUACUGUACUGGUUUGUUAGGAAUAAACUGAGCCCUGAAAAAUACAAUCAUUUCACAACCGCUAAAAUGUUUUGUUAAUUUGUAGAAAAACAAUUUUUUUAAAUUAUCAGCUGUUAGUUCAUAGGCUGUUUAUUUCUUUAUAAAUAAAAUGUUAAAAAUUGGGGGGGGAUUGUGUAAUAAUAUAAAUUUUUAUUAAUUAAAUCAUACAUUCAACAUCUGCUAUUUAGUAUCAUCAAAUGACAGCAUUGAGAAGACAGUCAACAGUUUGAGCUGACAUGAACAAAAGCACAGUGACAUUCUAAUGACAUCAAUCAUUCUGCACUAGAGGAAUUGGUUGUCAUGACAUUGAACAUGGUUUUGGCUCGGUGGAUAAGUGUUGGAGAUACUAACCCUGAGAAAAACAAAAUGGCUGUCCCAGAAAGACGACAUCACCAACACAAGACUUCUUUGUCAUGUAAUGAAAUACCUUCAUAUUUUCACCCGAAGGCAAAGACAAAGGGCUCUAUUCAAUCCACAUCGUGGAGGUCCAGCAUCAUUUAAAUUGAAAGGCCAUGUUCCCGUAGCGUAGACUGCAUUCAUGGUAAAUGCUGCAGAUCUUGGCUCAAUAGGAAAUGACCUUUCAGCUACACAGACUGAAUAGAGCCCUACAAAUUCUUCUUUAAAAAACGUUCCAGCCACCAAAACAGAAAAUAGUUCAUUCCAACCACCAAGACAGAACAGACUUCAUUCCAACCACCAAGACAGAACAGACUUCAUUCCAACCACCAAGACAGAACAGACUUCAUUCCAACCACCAAGACAGAACAGACUUCAUUCCAACCACCAAGACAGAACAGACUUCAUUCCAACCAC